UUUGACUACUUUAUUACACAUAUCAGGGAAUUCUUCCCAAUACUUUCGGUCCCCUAAAAUAGGACGAUGUACAAAAGUACUGUAAUUUCUAAACGAUUCACCUGAUAUGUAUGAAAAUACAUUCAAAUUAAAGCUGACAGUCUGCACUUUAACCUCAUAGUCAUUUAAUCAAGUGCUGGAGUACAGCAACAAAACAUGUGUCACUGUCCCAAUACUUUUGUAGUGAACUGUAUAUUUUCAAAGACUCACUGAAAUGGGUUCCUGUAAAUGUUUUACUUUCUGGUCAAUGUGUUCCUUUGUUCUGCAAAAUCCCAUGGCCUGGUUACAGUCAGUUUACCAAAACAAACAUUUGUUACAGAGCUCUCAUUUGACAGUGGUGCUUUGUAUUGUAAUGCCCUUACUGAAGAGAAGAUAGUUUUUGUUUUACAGUAAUAAAGGUUCAAGAAACCACAGUGCCACCUGCAGAGUAACUGUUCACUCACAGUUGUAGUUGCAGUAUUGUCAAAUGCAAGCCUUUGGCGCCACCUAGUGUCAAGGGAUGGGCCAAAACAAUCUAAAUACUGUCAUGUCACUUACAGUAUUUACUGUAAAGCCCCAUAGAAGAAUAUUACUUAAAGUGUCAUAUAAACUUAGUACAACUGUCUUAUGCCAAAAAAUAUGUUUGUUUUACUCCACUGUUUGUAAACAAUGUCUUCGUGGACAAACAUUACUUAAAAACUAUCAUUUUAAUAUCACGGCAGUCAUUGCAUUGCAACGCACUAUAGCUGCGUUUUGCAUCUGUAGAUCCAUCUAUGAAUUUGAAAGUGGUUACAUUUCUCUAACCCCAUCCCUCAGUUUUAUAAAAAGCCAAGCGGCGGGGAUUCCGUUCGGUUGGAAAAUGAAUAAAGCAUUGUGCCUUUCUUUACUACCUUUGAACAUAACCAAAAGUCUACUCGCCUACACCAUUGGCUCGAUUGUCCUGUUUCAUGUUCCUUUCACGUGAUGGCCGAGCUAUCGUAGAUCCUUAUCUAAUAUCCUUUUCACAGGAAUAAGAAACGGUUGACUUUCGUUUCUGUUUGCCUGAUCGAAGUUCCGGCAAGUUGUGACAACCAGCACCCUGUCAAUCCAUUUUCCAAUGCGGAAUGGUUGAAAUGUCCAAUAUGCGCACCGAGAUGGAUACAGACACACCCUAAAUUGGCGCACCUAAGUUUCGUUUCCCCCAAAAAUCUAAGCACUGCAUUAUUUAACCCGGACCCAGUCUUUUCUCCUGCAGUCACUGAUAGUCACUGAGGAACCAUGGAACUUCUUACCGUUAUUGCGGUCACAGCAACAGGAGCAGGGUUAGCGGUGGUCUUGGCUCCAGCUACCCUAGGCGUUACAGGGUUUACCGCCGCUGGCAUCGCCGCCAAGUCUGUAGCAGCCGGCAUGAUGGCAUCCGCAGCCACUGCAAGUGGCGGUGGUGUGUUGGCUGGAAGCACCGUUGCGGUUCUGCAGUCGGCAGGUGCAGCAGGGUUAGCUGGGUCUACAACCGCAGUGGUGGCUGGUGUUGGAGGAGCAGUGGGAUGGCUCACCGCUACAGCAGCUGGACUCAUCUGAUGAUCCAAAUAUUGAUGAUUGAUAGCUGCCUUGGGACAGCUCUCGUCUAAGACAAUUUUAACCACAAAGAUCACCUCUUUAAAUAUAUAUAUUUUUUAUCCUUUAUUUAGGGAUACAUAUAAACACUUGAUAAGACGGUGAAGGAAUGCUUAGUGUUUAAAAAAAAUAUUAUUGAAGUUCAUAUCCUCAAUAUUGUGUGCAAUGAAGGCAAAUUAUGACUGACUUGUUCUGUUUGGACAUCUUGGUCAGCUGCACUUUCAAGCCCAGGGCUUUUUUAUACCGUACUUUUUACCUUUUCAUAUUUCAGUGUAAUACCUUCUUUAUCUCAAUCAAAGGUCAAGUGUUGCCAGAUAUAAUGUAAACAUUUGUCUGUCGUCUUUGUCUCUACAUACAGUAUGUGUCAGCUAGGGAUGGAAAUUAGUUUAGUCUUCGUAAAAGGAUGUUUUCCAAUUGAGUUGAUUAGGCGGCUUUCUUCAAAUCUGCACCUCACUGGUCUGUUGUACAGUGCAGUGGUGUAAAGUACUUAAGUACAAAUACUUGAAAUACUACUUAAGAAGUUUUUUGGAGUAUUUGUAAUUUACUAUUUAUAUUUUUGCCAACUUGUACUUUUACUUCACUAAAUUCCUUGUUACGGAUACAGGUAUCCUGGGGGUAUUAGUAGGCGGCUUUCUUCAAAUCUGUACCUCACUGGUAUGUUGUGCAGUGGUGUAAAGUACUUAAGUAAAAAUACUUGAAAUACUACUUAAGAAGUUUUUUGGGGGUAUCUGUACUUUACUUUACUAUUUGCCAACUUGUACUUUUACUUCACUACAUUCCUAAAGAAAAUAAUUUACUUUUUACUCCUUACAUAUUCCUUGACACCAAAAGUGCUCGUUCCAUUUUGACAGGAAAAUGGUCCAAUUCAUACACUUAUCAAGAGAACCUCCCUGGUACUCCCUACUGCCUCUGAUCUGGAGGACUCACUAAACACAAAUGCUUAGUCAGUAAAUUAUGUCUGAGUGUGGGAGUAUGCUUCUGGCUAUCAGUCAAUAAAAAAACUAAAAAAUAAA